AGACGUGCUUAUGCGCACAGCUUUUACACACGACAAGGACUCCUCUGUGUAUGUUUUUGCACUCAUUCAACAUAUGAGUUAUUUGUGUACCAAUGGUUUAAUAGCAGUCAGACUUUUGCAUAAGCUCGAGGUUAUUGCACUACAAGAGCCAGUGAAUCAGAGAGCCGCCUCAUAAUAACAGCUUAUGUGUAGGUGGCAACAGGCUGCUUUUUUGGCUGUGACAGUUUCCUGACUCUGCAAAGUGAAUGAAUGGAAAGCAACUAAAGACCCGGCUUUGCUGGUCUCACCUCUCAAAUAUUAUGUCUGGGUCUUGAAUUAAAAAUACUGAAAGCUACCAUUAAUGAUGCUCAAUGGAAACUGCAGACACUCGACAUCCAGGCCAAAACAUUUUUUGCUGCAACCACAAACUACCACCAUCAUUUAUCAACAAAGUGAAUUUUGCUAGUCUAAGUCAUGAUGCAGGGAUAAAACUAUUCUGGUGGAUAAUCCUGCCAAGAACUGUGAAAUCAGCUUACUGUGCGCCUCUUACUGCCAGAGUGCAAAACAUAUGUCAGUGGAGAGCAGCUCCUUCAUCUCAGGCCGUCUUCAGUUUAAUUAAGUGUUUUUUACAGUAUAAUCCAAAGCAGACCCAGGAAUUCUUUGAAAGCGUGACUCUCAUGUAUUCACAUAUACAUCACCACAUGGUUAAUGCUCAGAAACAUACUGUAUAUAUUUUUACAAUUGAUCAGUACGACCCUGUCACUCAUUAGUGUUAUCUCCUCACAGUUUGUUUGGUCUUAGCUGAAUCAGUGGACUGAGGAUGUUAAAUGUUUUGUUUUUCUAUCCAGGAAAAAGCUAAAGGUGUUUGCUACUUAUUUUUCUGUCUGUAGUCACAUACGUGGAUCAUCCAAUGCUGUCUCAAAGUCUGAGGCUCCAGGAAGCAAGUUGGAGUCCUGCUAGGAACGAGGGAAGUAACUUGACCCCAGCACACCACUAUCCUGACUUCCGCUUCAAGACCUACGCCCCGCUGGCCUUUCGCUACUUCAGGGAUCUGUUUGGCAUCAAACCAGAUGACUACCUGUACUCCCUGGUAAACGAGCCUCUGAUUGAGCUGACCAACCCAGGGGCCAGCGGCUCUCUCUUCUACCUGACUAGCGAUGAUGAGUUCAUCAUUAAGACCGUCCAGCACAAAGAGGCCAAGUUCCUCCAGAGACUGCUGCCUGGGUAUUACAUGAACCUGAACCAGAAUCCACGCACGCUGCUGCCAAAGUUCUACGGGCUGUACUGCAUCCAGUCCGGGGGCAUCAACAUCCGACUGGUGGUGAUGAACAACGUGCUGCCACGCUCCGUCAAAAUGCACUACAAGUACGACCUGAAGGGAUCCACCUACAAGAGACGAGCGUCCAGGAAAGAGAGAGACAAGGCUUGUCCGACCUACAAAGACCUGGACUUCCAGGACAUGCACGAAGAGGGGCUUUACUUUGACACAGAGACGUACAACAACCUGAUGAAGACCCUGCAGAGAGACUGCCGGGUGCUGGAGAGUUUUAAGAUCAUGGACUACAGCCUGCUGCUGGGUGUGCACGUCCUGGACCAGAGUCAGAGAGACGGGGGUGAGCCGGGCCAGGCAGGGGGGGAUGGGAGGAGACCUGUGGGUCAGAGGGUGCUUUACUCCACCGCCAUGGAAUCAAUCCAGGGAGACGGCAAGGCUGCUGAAGUCCUCACCACAGACGACACGAUGGGAGGGAUCCCUGCCAAAACACACAAAGAAGAAAAGCUCCUCAUCUUCCUGGGUAUCAUAGAUAUUCUUCAGUCAUACAGGUUCAUUAAAAAGUUGGAACAUUCGUGGAAAGCCCUGGUGUACGAUGGUGACUCCGUCUCGGUGCACCGGCCCGGGUUUUACGCCAGCCGAUUCCUCAAGUUCAUGAGCACACGGGUCUUCAGGAAGACUCAACCACUUCGAUUCUCCCCUUCUAAGAGGACUCGUACUUCCAUCCCGGCUCUGAAGUCGUCCUCGCAGGAGAUCCUUUCAUCGCAGGCAGACGAGAGGAACGGUGAGGACAGGAGGGACAGGCUGGGAGGAGCUUACAGUCUGGCCAGUCUGGACGGACAAGCUGUGUUGGGCUCGUACCUGCGUCCUGAUCUGGUCCCCGCCAACCCUUCCUUCUACGAGGGCUCCUCCAUGGGAACCAUCUCCACCUCCUCCGUCUUUGUCAACGUGGACAACCAAACAGAGGAGCGAGACGAUGUCGCAUCCAGCUCUACGUUUACGCUGGAGGACAGCGCCAUCUGCCUCACUUCAGAGCAGAGCACCAUGGAUGUGGACAUCGACCGUGAUGACGGAUCUGUCCUUGAUGUGUACUUGUAAAAAAAGAAAAAAAAGAGCAGCUUUAUGACUUUCAUUUCCUCCUGCCAAUCACAAGACAAUCACCGCACUCCAUUGGACGGCCCUGCCAGCCUUUUAAUUCCACUCCCAGUGCUGCUAGAUCCAUAGUGCCACUUGUAUUGCCAACCCAUAAAAGGUCUGAGGUUCUCCGGUUCUCCUCCGGUUGAUGGACCAAAAGAAGACCUCAACACGGUGACGGACACCUGCAGGAACCAUGUGACACAUCGCAAUGUGACAAACAUCAGGCUGAACUGAGAGUCGCUUUUUAGAGCAGUGCCAUUAAGUUUUAUACAUGUAUGUUGUUUUCAUGGCCCCACGCAAACAUUUACUACUACAUUGGAGAGUGUAGAUAGAUACAUUUCUUCAAAUAUUUUUCUUUUCAUGAACAGAAAGAAAUGAAAAAGACUUUCAAAGUUUGCAUUCGUUUCUGAUCAGAAGAGAAAUGUUUACAGUGAAUUUCUAAAAGGCAUCUUAGUCUCUGAUCGAUGGGAAUGUCACACAAAGGACACAAGCCAGCUUGCAGCUGCAGCCAACACGGAUGAGAAAAGACUCACAUGAACGGACUUAAUGGAUUCUGAAGUUCCUGAGGCCCAACAGACCGAGAUGCCGUAACAGCGGCCACCUUAUCCUGACUGGGCACUUAUUUGUGCUGCCCUUGACAGGAACCCGAAGCUCUGGCAAAGGGCUGCUGUUAGGUGAGAAAAGACAGCAACUUGGAUCGUGGAUGAAGCACAGAGCGGAGGGACGAAGCACUCGCUCUUGAUUUAAAAGGCACUUUUGACAUUGGUUAUGAUUACUGUAAGAAAUAUUUUUCUCUGAAGAAGUUGCUUAGGUGGGUGGGCUACCUGACAUGAGCACAUAUUUGGAUAUGUGAAUAAGCACUUUUUGUUUUCUCUUUUUACUCUACAAAUGCACACCUCCGUAAGCCGUUGAUACUUCAUGUACAGAGACAGUGAAGGAACAUUGUAGAUCAUUUUUGAUGUGGAGCUAGUAGUUUUGUGAAGUGUGCGUCAUGACUGAAACGCUUUUACUCAGGAUAUCCUUUGAUACUGACCAAGUGUGUCCUCUUCGAGACGUUAUGAGACAAGCAUCCAACACUCAGCAGCUGUCCGAUACCUCUUCAUCAAGACCAUAUCCAACUAUAGAUGUUGAAUUUCAUGAUCACACGUCGGUUGAGACAAUAAUUUAUUAUGUAAAUCUCAAUAUUUUACCAUUUGCUGAAAAAGCUACGUUAAUCGCUGAAUGUAAAGACAAUGCAUAUUUAUAUAUAGAAGACACUCCUAUAAAUAAACUGCUUAAACUGA